UAAUAAUCACAAUAAUAAUAAUAAUAAAUUCUUUAUUAUUACGACCGCGGGCCUGUCGUACACAGAACGAAAUAUAUAUAAUAAAUAAUACAGUGUUUGCAAAAGGGGUGGAGGUAGAAAAGUAGAAAUUUAUCAAAAAAAAAAAAGAAAAAAAAAACCAGAAUAAAAAAGAGAGAGAAAGCGUGAAGACGUUAUACAACAUAUAUGUGUUUGUAUUAAACAUUUAAUAUGUAAAAAUAGAUGAUUAUCUAAAAAUCAGAUUAAACGUUCCAUACGAAUAAUAGGAAUUUCAAAAAAAAUUAUAUCGAACGGAAAGUACAUGACGACUUACAAGAAAUCUGCUUAUAAUAAAACAGGCACACGCAUUCUCACACUCAUGCAAACAGGCAAACACACGCAUAUACACACAUGCGUGCACAUAAUGAUAUAGACAAAAAUGCACACUUCUCUCCACAAACACAAAUGCAUUAGGUUUCCGCCUUCAGCAUUAUUAUAUAUCCACAAAGGAAAUAUGUAUGGACUGGCAUAGACGCCUUGUGCAUUACUGACCAGUUGAGUGUCCGUACUGAUUGUCACUUGAGUAACUGGAUUUGAAUCCUCAACUACUGUAUGGGAGCUUGCAACCAAUGAAAAAUACAAGAAAGCAUUGAAGUGGUUAAAUUUAAAGCUGAAUUUAUGAAAAGACUUUCAAAUGGAUGAAAUAUGGAAUCAGUAUAUCUUCAUUCUGGAUAUAAGGAAAAAUAAGAAGCAAACUUCAUAACGUUAAUGCAUCUGUCAGAGCGCCGACAUGAGAUGCAUCUCCAUUCACAUGAACAACACUUACAAAUGUAUGUCUAACAUAAUACUUAAGAAAAAGGAACCAUUUAAUCGCCAUCGCCAGAACACCAGCACUAGCAAGGAAAGUAAUCCCAGUUUUGAUGGACGUUAAUAGUAGAAGAGGAGUAGCAAUAAGGAUAACAUUACUCUAUAAUUAAUGUAUUAGAGAAUCAAGCCAAAGUUAGAUACGACGGCAAAGACUAUAACAAGAGUGAAUCGGUAAAACAACACAAAAUAUAUACAGGAAAAGAUACAGAAAACAAUAGUAUCACAAUGAUAAUAGUAAACGGUAAAUGAUAAAAAAAACAACCCAAUUUAACUCAUUAACUCUAUGAACAAUAUUUAGGACACCAGCUUAUAGUUUCCAAGUCGGCUAUUUGAGCAGCAACACACACACACACACACACACACACACACACACAACACACACACACGCGCACACACACGCACACACACACACACACACACCGCGCGCAUAGAUUCACACACAUAUACAAACACGCACAUACACAUUCGCAUCGCACUACCAUACCCAUACAUACUCUCAUACGCCCACACACACGCACACACGCACACACAUACACACAUGUAUAUAUACAUAAUUGCAUACACGCACUCAUGUGUGUGUGUAUAUAUAUGAAUACGCACAAAUACAUAGACAUAGACACACGCACACCGCGCAUCAACAAACACUUCAGCAAGAACAAUAACAGUAAGAGCAAGAACAGUAAGAAAUGUGAAAUCGAAAGCAGAAAUAUAUGACAUUUAGUAUCCCACAGUGUCUACUGCAGCAGCGCUGAAUUGAAUUUGCUUGCAGCUAUCGACGAUAUUACUAACUGUAUAGCUCCUAUCAUUCUCUAUGUCAGUAACAACGAGAAGAACCUCAUCAACAACCAUAACAACAAUAACAGCAACAGCAUUAUGAACAAGAACUACUAAUGAUCAAUUCCCACAACAUGAUAAAUAGAAGGAAGAUUUAAACAAUACACGUAAUGUGAACAAAAAAGAGUAACAUUUUUGCCUUUAAGUUGUACAAAGUUAUAAUUUUUUGUUACUUCUGAUCGUCUAAGAAAGUAGAGUUGUUGUAACUCGCCAUUCGCCAUAAUUAAGUAGUUUCAGUGUCCAGUAAUUACUACAUCAAUCAAUCAGUCAAUCAAUCAGUCGAUCAAUCAAACAGUUUAAAGAACAGACGAAUAUGUCCUUUCAAUCUCCUCUCAGUGUAGAUAACACCUCUGCUCUUUUAUCUUCCCCCACUUCACAAACUUGUUCUACAACCACAUCAGAAUAUGCCUCUACACUAACAUCCGACAUCGAUUCGCUCAGUGCCGCUGCAGCAACUGCUGCCACAACUACAGCAGCAGCGGCUGCUGCAGCUGCUAUUGCAGCAGCAUCGUCUUACGAAAAUAUGUUCAGUUCAAUAUUUCUUACUAGUACCACAGCAGGGCCCGUGGCGAAUUCGAACCGGUCAUUGAAGUUGGAUGACGCAGCAGUUUUAAACAGUGACACUAAAUCUUCUCAGAAUUCUAUUUGCCACGGACAAAAUGUUUAUAAGAGAGUUCCUGACACAAUGCCAUUUGGGAUAUUUGGUAAUGCAACUUCUGAUUUGAAAACGCCGGUGGAUAUAAAUGCUGGUAUAUCGCAGUCGACUUGGCUCCAAUUACACAAGUCCUCUCAAAAUUGGUACAGUACGGCAGAGGUUAUUGCAACUUCCGGAGGAAAUAGGUACUGUGUAACACCAAAUAAUUAUGGUAACCAUUUGCCCUGUCAUCAACAAACAAGAAAUUACCAAAUCUUAGAUUCGCUGGUCAAUACAUUUCCAGACAUUUAUUUUUCAUCAAGUCACCAAAUAGGUCAUCAGCUUUUCUCAGGAUUUUCUCAUUCAACGGCCAUGAUGCAUAUGUCCAAUCAGGUUUCAUAUCCCGUCUCACUUAGUUCCUACUUAAACGGAAAACACAACCUAGAAGGCACAUACUCACAUUCACAUCGUCGACAGUUAGCUAGCCGAUCUAUUUGUGAAUGUCCUAAUUGCCAAGAAUUUAGCAAACAUGGAAUAUCAACAGAACAUUUGAAAAAACCAUUAAUUCACAAUUGUCAUGUACCAGGAUGUGGUAAAGUUUACAGCAAAUCUUCACACUUGAAAGCUCAUCUUCGUUGGCAUACGGGUGAGCGUCCGUUCGUUUGUAACUGGCUCUUUUGUGGGAAAAGAUUCUCGAGAUCUGAUGAGCUUCAGCGCCAUUUUCGUACUCAUACUGGCGAAAAGAGAUUUACAUGUCCUAUGUGCAAUAGGCGAUUUACACGGAGCGAUCAUCUUAGUAAACACAUAAAGAUCCACAGUUCUAGAACAUGUAUCGGUGACCAGCAAGGCAACAUAAGUGGUGGAGACUCCGGUAGUGAAUCAGACGGAGGAAUGCAACCAACACAAAUCGUUACAAACUAUCCGCAAGCCACCAUAAUGAGCAAGAAUUAAAUAAUCUCGAAAUAAAAUUUCGAUCACGUCUAAUCAAGCAUGAACUUUAAAAGCAUGUAAAUCAAAGACACUGAUUCUUAUUUAAUACUAUUGGAUACUGAAAUUUUAAUUUUAAAUACUUUAAAGUAUUUCGUAGAUAUGAAUAAUAUUUUCUGUAAUGUGAAUGUGAAGUUCACUAUGUUUUCCAAUGAAUCAAUCCUUAAUUUUGCAAUAAAUACUUUCAUAAUC